GUCUCAAACUCGUGCGUCACGUGAUCCACCGGAGGAGCAGCGGCAGCACCAGCUCAGCGGUGGAGACACGAUCCCUCCGCCAAUAUUCGCUCUGUUUGUGAUUAACCUGAACGCUUUCGCCUCUUUUUGGCUUUGCGGUGGGGCCUGUGGUGAGUAGAAUGACCGGAAAGACCCAGACGAGCAACGUGACCAACAAGAAUGAUCCCCGCUCACUCAACUCUCGAGUCUUCAUCGGAAACCUGAACACGGCGGUGGUGACGAAGGCUGACAUCGAGGUGAUCUUUUGUAAAUACGGCAAGAUCGUGGGCUGCUCCGUGCACAAGGGCUACGCAUUUGUGCAGUACUCCAGUGAGAGGAACGCCAGAGCCGCUGUGUCCGGGGAGUACGCAAGGGUCAUCGCUGGACAGUCACUAGAUAUCAACAUGGCAGGGGAGCCGAAGCCGUACCGACCAAAGCUGGGCUCCAAAAGACCACUGUCGUCUCUCUACAGUGGCUAUGAGUUUGACUACGACUACUACAGAGAUGACUUCUAUAGCAGACUGUUUGAGUACCAUGGACGGGUGGUGCCCCCCUCCAGAGCUGUGAUCCCAAUUAAACGCUCUCGUGUCAUCGUCCCAUCCCGGAGACCCAAGUCCUCGUUCUCCAUCAGAGCCUGCUCCUCCUCCUCUUCCUCCUCUUGCUCUUCAUCGCGACAGUUCAACAAUAUCUCCUCUGCCCACGGACCCAGGCUGAAAUCUGACCAACUCGUAACAAUAAAAAAGGAGCUGUCUCAAAUCAAAACCAGGAUUGACUCUCUGCUGGGCCGACUGGAGAAGAUUGAGAGGCAGCAGUGGUCUGACGUUGAGAUGAUGCAGAGGAAGCAGGAGGAAGUGUGCGAGUGUCUCCAUGGCGACGCAGCGGACCAUUCUGGAGCAGAGGAGGGGGAGGCGGGCGAGGUGCAGGGGGAGGGAGGGGACAUGACGGACGGAGCAGAGGAAGACUACGAUGAAGACGAAGGCAACAGAGACCUGAUUGAGAACCACAUAUCAGACAUUGACAACUGAGAGAGAGACAGAAAUAAAGACGUCUAAAUGAAGACACCAGCAAAGCCUCUGGAUGUGACAGAAACACAGUGAAUUGUUAAGAGCCAGCAGAAGAGGAGAGGUUUCAGUCUUGUCUUGUUACAACUCUGAUGUGGACUUUCUGAAAAUGCCGGCUUAUGAAUAUUCACAAUAACUGCAAAAAGCAAUCAAUAAUCCCUGGAGUUAUUUCCUCUCAGAAAAACAAGGACUUUAUUUUGUGUGCUUAAUAUAAUCUCUGAUGAUCUGUAACAGUAACAGUGAUGAAAAUGUAAGUCAGCCAUGACAUUUGUCAUUGUGGAUGUAUUUAUUAUUUAUGUGCAUUAAAAACUCUGAGAGAGACUGCUGUUCAUUUGAAUGUAGGAAGUGUUUACACUUUACAAUUUAUUUAUCUUGGAAAAUGUAAUUUAUUCAAAAUUUGUGUUAUCGUGUAUUCAGUUCAAGGCACACAACAAUUACCAGAAUGCUGUUGAAAAUAUAACUAUUUCAUCUCUCAACUACAAAUAAGACUAUGUAACCCCUCAUUCAUCCAGGAGUGGUCCAGUAAAAAUCCUACUGUCUCAAGCCUACCAUCAAAUUGAAAAUGUCUUCUGGAUGGGAGCUGAAACCCCUUCAGUCCAAAAACUGUUCUCCAGAUGACCACCAUUUGAGACCUUCUUUACAUUGAACAUACA